AUGAGCGCGUUUGGACAUGUCUUGAUCGUUGGUGCAGGUAUUUUUGGGGCAUCAACCGCGUUAGAAUUAGCGAGACUAGGUCAUCGCGUUACCAUUGUUGACCGUUCACAAGACGGAUACGCGUGUGAGAAUGCGUCGUCGCAUGACCUUAACAAGAUCGUCCGUUCUGACUAUAUGGAUGCGCAUUACCGCGAUCUAGGGAAGAAAGCGAUUGAACUAUGGCGCUCGCACCCACUGUACGCGCCUUAUUUUCAUGAAGUAGGAAUUUUCUUUUACUCUGGCGUGCCUGCCUCGAACGAAGAACCUUGGCUACGAAACGGGGUAGAAAAUGCUAUCAAGCCAAUUCAGGGCGCCUAUGAAUUUGGCAAUCAUACUGAACGGCCCAUGGCACGCACUAUCAAGUCGCCUCUUGAGGCUAUGCACGUGUUUCCUGAGCGAUUGCGCCCCCACCUAGGCGAGGCACUCACUUCCUUUGAUAAGCAGGUCGGGUACUUAAAUCCGCAGGCCGGCUGGGUCGAGGCGCGCAAUGCAACUUUUGCCGUGCUGGAUGAAGCGAAGCGGCUAGGUGUCGAGGUUGUGUCCGAUGCUACGAUCGUUGAGCUGGUGUUCGCGUCAUCGUCGUCCUCCUCCAGCUCGACACAGGCAAAACCACGUGUCUGUGGAGCUGUGACUUCAAACGGACGAACAAUACAUGCUGACCGAGUCGUACUUGCGGCUGGGUGCUGGACACCGUCUCUGCUCGAGACGCUGCAUGUACCACUGAAGAAGCCAAUCCUUAGGCCAUCCGCUCACUGCGUGUUGACCCUCAAGAUUCAACCAGACGUGGCGCGCCUUUUCCAUGGCUCACCAGUGACGUUCAACAUGGACACAGGCAUGUACACUUUCGAGCCGAAUCCAGACGGGAUCUUGAAGUGUGCGAUUCACGGACUGGGCUCUUCUUCGCCUGAUCCACGCGAUUCCACUACACCAGCGUUCCCUCAUGCAAACACGAAUCCGCAUGUGUCUCAGAUGCUGAAGCAUAUUCAAGCCAUGUUCCCUGUGUUGCAAAUGGACGGACCAAAUAAAAACAUGGACGUCUAUUAUACUCGCUUUUGUUGGUACUGUGACACGGCGGAUGAAAAUUUCUUGAUUGACUUUCACCCCGAUGUUGAUAAUCUUCUUGUGGCCUCGGGCGACUCAGGACAUGCGCUCAAAUUCCUACCGCUUAUGGGCCGACUGAUAACUUCGAAACUUUUACACAUCGAAAACGAUUCAGCACUCGCACCGGACAUGGGUUUGUCGGCAUACCAGCGUCGCGUCUUUUCAUUUGAGCACCACAUGCACGCCGACAAGACUGUGAACACGAGUAUGCCCAUAGAUUACAUUCGAAUCAGCGGCAUUCCCCCAGCUCAUGUACCUCAACCAAAGUUGUAG